AACUCGAUGUUUCAUAGACAAGAAGGCAGAACUGAAAAACAUGACGGAAUUAUACUAGUGACAAUCACAAACAGAAGAAAUUAUAAACAAAAAUAUGGCAUCUACGCCUUAUCCACUUUUUGAUUUUAACACUGCUGGUAAUGCCCCUCCUUCACAAAAUGUGCAAUUUCAGAAUCCUGUCUCCAAGAUAGAAUUAAAGGUUUCAUGCAGAAAUCUAUUAGAUAUGGAUGUCUUCUCCAAAUCUGACCCAUUUGUUGUUUUGUACGUACAAAGUCAAAAUAAGAAAGAAUGGAGAGAACUCGAUCGUACUGAAGUUAUCAUGGAUAAUUUAAAUCCAGAUUUUGUAAAGUCCUUUAUACUGGAUUAUUUUUUUGAAGAACAGCAAAUGUUAAGAUUCGAUGUUUACGAUAUGGAUGAUAAAUCAAAUGAUCUGACAAAGCAUGAUUUUAUUGGACAAUUGGUGACAUCGUUAGGGUCAAUAAUUGGCGAACAUGCUGGCAAAUUAGAGCAUCCACUACAGAUACCAUCUGCAAAGGAUAGUGAAAGAAAUAAAAAGUACUCAAAAAAGAGUGUUGGAACGAUAAUCGUUCGCAGUGAGGAAGUCAACCACAAUCGAGAUGAAGUUACGUUGCAUCUUUGUGGAAAAAAACUUGACAAAAAAGAUUUCUUUGGAAAGUCUGACCCGUUUCUGGUCUUUGAACGAUGCAAUGAGGAUAAUUCAUUUUCUGUGGUUCAUAAGACCGAAGUGAUAAAGAAGACAUUGAAUCCUUCUUGGAAACCUUUUAAAGUUCCUGCACAAACUCUUUGUAAUGGUGAUUAUGACAGAACGAUUCGCGUAUGUUGUUAUGAUUGGGACCGUGAUGGAGGUCAUGAUCUUAUUGGAACAUUUGAUGUCACACUUCGUGACUUCACAGAAUUUAGAAGUGGUAGACCAACAUUUCACGAGCUCAUUCAUCCUAAGAAGAAAUCAAAAAAGAAGAAGUAUAAAAAUUCUGGAACAAUACAUAUUUUGGAUUGCAAUGUUGUUGAAAAACCAACCUUUCUUGACUUCAUAAGAGGAGGUUUGGAGCUGGCUUUUGCUGUUGCAGUUGAUUUCACAGCAUCUAAUGGUAAUCCUGCAACACCACAGUCUUUACAUUACAACACACCCAACCAACCAAGUCAGUAUGUGCAAGCACUGCAAGCUGUUGGAGGAAUACUUGAGGAUUAUGACACAGAUAAAUUAUUCCCAGCUUUCGGUUUCGGUGCCAAACUGCCACCAUCAUUUAACAUAUCACACAAUUUUGCACUGAAUUUUAAUCCAGCCCAUCCUGACUGCCAAGGCGUGAGUGGCAUCAUUGCUGCAUAUUAUAAUACAGUCAACAAUGUCCAACUUUAUGGUCCUACAAACUUUGCACCGAUUAUAAAUAAUACAGCUAGUAUUGCGCGACAAAAUGUAACGAGUGGUUCUCAUUCACAAUAUUUCGUUUUGCUUAUCAUUACUGAUGGUAUUAUUUCAGAUAUGGAGAAAACGAAGGAAGCUAUUGUUCAUGCUGCUGCAUUACCAAUCUCUAUCAUAAUUGUUGGUGUAGGACAAGCUGAUUUCGAUGCAAUGGAAGAACUGGAUGGAGAUUUGGUUCGUCUUUCUUAUCGUGGUAGGGAAGCAGAAAGAGAUAUAGUGCAAUUUGUUCCAUUUCGAGAUUUCAUGCAAGGUAAUGUGUACAAUCCAGCAAGUGGCGUUCGUCUUGCGAAAGAUGUUUUACAUGAACUUCCUGAUCAAGUGACAGAAUAUAUGGCACAGCGGAACAUUAAACCAAAUCCGCCACCUGCCUAUUCACCCGGUGGUUAUGGUGGUGGAAUGGUAAAUCGUUGAUGAUGAGCAAAUGCUAGCUAUUUAGUCAGCUAAUCACAUCAUUAAAAAUUAAAAACACUACCACAGAAUCUAGUGAAACGUGCAGUGCUGUGGAACUUGAAAAUCAUACCAGUUAGAAAUCCAUUUCGUUGUACAGCAAGCUACUGGUAGCCAUUUUUUUAAUCAUUUUAUAUUUGAAUAAAUCUAUUUUAUUUAUGCUCCAUAUUAAUAUUUGUUUAUACUUUUAUAAAAAUGUUCUACUUAUGUAAAUGCUUGGCCAACUUAUCAUCUGUAGUUACAAUGUCAUAAUGAUACCUUUAACAAGAAAUUGAUUUAUUAAUAUUGUAAUUUUACAAACCCUUCUUAUUAACGCCACAAAAAUUAUUUAUUUUCUGUAGAGUUGUUUGCAUUCUACUUCAGAAUGUAUCUUUCCAACAAAAUUAUUUUUGAAAUUAGAAGUGUAUAUUGACGUUUAAUUGUUACGUAAUGUAUUUAUCUUAAACUAAACUGCACUAUAUAUUUAUUUCAAUUUUUGAUUAUAAAGGGGCUUUUAUAUGUAUUAAAAAAAGUCUUUGAAGAAUAAGAUGCAUUGUUUUUAUCUUCAAUCAACACCUCAUUGACAUGAUUUGUGGAAUAUUGUUUCCUGUUAUCUAGUUUUUACUUAGUCUGUUCACCCUAACUAUGCUCUAGUUGGUAGCUAAAGAGUCCAUGAUAUUUUAGAAUGUUCAAAAAAAGUCAAGAAUGCUGAAAAAUGCACUUUUGGGUUUGGUUUUGUAUCAGGAGAUUAUUAGAUCAGAGUAAGUUUUACAUUUAACAUAAAGGUUUUAGAAGACAAGGAAGCAAAAAAGGUAUCCUGUUAAAACUGAAAAACCUCUACCAUAACUAUCGUUAUAUAGCUGUCUCAUUUUAAGUUAAAUCAAGAAAAGAAAAGAUUUUGAGACCACAAAAAGGGUCCUGCUUAAAUUAAUUUUUAGCAUUGUUUGAUUUUUCUUUGUUUCUCAUUAAAAAUUAGUUAGAAAGACCUCUAAACAAGAAUAUUGCCAAUUAAACCAUACAAAAUCACAUCUAGGUUUGUUAUGGCAGGCAGUAUUUGUAUUUUCACACCAUGUUACCUGUUUUUUUAUUUUGUAAUUUACCCGUUGUUGUAUAACUUAUUUAUCAUGUUAUAUCAGUAAAUAAGUUUUUUGAGCAUGUUAAUAUGACAUUGAAUGUUUAGAUUUUAAAUAUUUUAAACAAUUAUAUAUGAUAA